AUGGAAGAGUUGACAACAUCUGAUUAUUUGUUGCAUGAUUCCAACAUGUACUUCUCACUAUAUGAGCCUGGAAACUCAUCGAUGGAACUGAAAUCCAGUGAUGCCGGUGCAGGCGCCACACCAAACUUUUUGAAUGUCAGCUCGCCAAUCGACACUCAAUCAAUGUCUAGCUCAACACCUCCACAGCCACAUCAUCAUCAUCAUCACAGCAACAGCAACAGCAACAGUAACAGUAACAGUAACAGUAACAACAGUAACAACAGUACAAUGAUGACUGAUGGAUCACCAAAGGAUAUCAAUAAUAAUCAAACACUGAUGUCCAGCUCAACGUCAACACCAUUGAUGAACUCGUCAUCGACAUCGGCCGCAGCGGCAACAGCCGCCGCACCAUCGUCAAGUAAGCUGUCCGCGAGCAAUGGUGGCGGCGGCAGCUUCAGCUCCAUGUACAGUCAAGAUAACCAACAAACACACGAACACUUCCUUAAGCUUCUCUCGCAGAUUCAACAGACCCAGCAAACACUCUCCACCUACCAAAACAACCACGACUACAUCAAUGCCCAGACUGCUGCCGCCGUCGCCGCAUCCAGUUUCAGCAGCAGCGCACCCACCACCACCGCCACCGCAGGCGCCGGCACAGGAGGUUGCAAUCAAUCACAGACGUCACAAUCGUCGUCCUCCUCAUCCUCCCCAACCCAGGCCGUAUCACCCAUCCCCGUGAUCGACCAAGUGUCAAGCCUACCAAACCCUGGCGAUUUCAUUAUCUCCAGCCAAACAUACAGCACAAACAACACAAACAACAACAACAACAACAACAAGAAGUUGAGCAACUCUGCUACUACUACGCCCGUGCUGGCACCAGUCAGUGGCGCCAACAACGAUCAGCAACAGCAACAGCAGCAGAAUGGCAACACAACUGAAGCAACUCUAACAAUAUCAAUGCCAACCAAGAAGAAUAUUAAGGCCUCGGCCAUUGCCUCACCACCCAACUCACCAAGGAGGAACACAAGGAACAGCAAGGUGAAGCAUAAGACUCAGCAGGUGCAACAGAACAUCCAGCAGGCUACGGCCGCCGCAGCAGCCGCAGCAGCCUCGACAUCGGCCAUGUCGACCACACCAACAUUGGCCUCGACCACGGCCGCUGCCAUCACCACCGGCACUCUGUCCACAAUCACACCACCUCCAAUCAAGCUGUCACCGCCCUCAUCACCACCCUCGCUCAACCUGCAGCAGCCUUUGACCCCACCCCCACCCCCUGUGCCGGCCAAGAAGCUGGCAAAGAAGACGAUCACGGCGCCGCCCACCGGCCCCUCAGUCAUCUCGAUAAUCAGCCAACUUGGUCUGCAGCCCUUUGUAAAUAACGCUGGCCAGCAGCAGCCACUGUCUGGAGUCUCUGCCAAGACGGGCGUCGACACGACUGCCCCCGCCACCACCACCACCUCCUCGGCCAACAACGAGGACAAGAAGACCACGUGCAUGUCGUUCCUCAAGUACUACUUCAACGUCAACCCAACACUGAACACGCCAACUCUUCGCCGCUCGCUCAUUCUCUCCCUCUAUGUAAAUAAGAUUUCACAGGAGCUGCGUUACCGACGACCCAACGACAUGGCCAACCUUUGUGUCGUUCUCUACGGCCAUCUCUUCUCAUCGCUUGACGAGGCCACGAUCAAGGAGUUCAUCAACACUCAUACACCUUCAUCACAAAAGUCCAAGAAGGAGUUGGAUAAGAAGAGGAAGAGAAAGAGAGAGAGGGAGGAGAAUGAGCUUAAGCAGUCGUUGGACAAGAAGCUCAGGUCCCCUUUGCAAAAGUCAGUGCAAGCAACAACAGAGUGCAGCAGCAGCCGCCACCCCAGCCGCAAUGGUUCCAAUGUCGAUGGGCGACAACAACAACAAUACGUCCGAUUGGACUAA